AUGAAUCUCGUCACAACAGUCAUUACUAUUGCCGUUGCACUUUCUACAGUCCUCGCCAUCGUCUCCUUCUGACUUCCACAAAUGACCCCCGACCACGAAAAGCUCUCCCCCUACGAAUGUGGGUUUGACCCCCUCGGCACAGCCCGACUGCCCUUCUCCCUCCGAUUUUUUCUCGUCGCUAUCCUCUUCCUCCUUUUCGACUUAGAAAUUGCCCUUCUGUUACCACUUCCCUGAGGGGACCAAUUAGCAUCCCCCCUCCUAACAUUCUUCUGAGCCUCCGCCGUCUUAAUUCUCCUCACCCUCGGCUUAAUCUACGAAUGAAUACAAGGAGGGCUCGAAUGGGCCGAAU